GAGUUGGAAGCCUCUGCUUCCGCUUUGCUUCGGGGUGGCCCGCACUGGUCCCGCCGUGGGGCCACGGACCAGACCCGGAGCAGGACGUUUCUUUCUUUCUUUUUAGGGGAGGGGGGAUGUCAGGGAGGGAGGAGAACGGACGGAAUCCUGGUGGAACGUGAAUCGGCGCGUUUCUCAUGCCAAGUGCGGAAUAGUAAUUGCACGUUCUUUCUUUAGUUGUCCCAUCUGGUUACUUCAUGUUUGAGUGAAUGCUCAGUGUUGAACACGGUCUAGGGUGUUUGGAAGAAGGCCCUACUUUAGGGGUGAACAUUUGAGUGCAUUUUAUUGGAGAACCCAGUGCCACCACUGUUUACCAUGGAAGUUUUGAAGACUUGCCUCCUUAGAAGAAAUGCUGGUGUCGCGGCCUGUUUCUGGAGAAGCAAAGCUGUACCCAAGUCUUUGAUUAGGAAGAUUAGUACUACCUCUCCAAGGAACAGUGUCAUGCCCGCUUGGGUGAUAGAUAAAUACGGGAAGAAUGAAGUCCUUCGAUUCACAGAGAAUAUGAUGCUACCUGUCAUCAACUAUCCAAAUGAAGUUAUUAUCAAGGUCCAUGCUGCCAGUGUAAAUCCUAUAGAUGUUAAUAUGAGAAGUGGCUAUGGAGCAACAGCUUUGAAUAUGAAGCGUGAUCCUUUACACAUAGGAACCAGAGGAGAGGAAUUUCCUCUGACUCUGGGUCGGGAUGUCUCUGGUGUGGUGAUGGAGUGUGGACUGGACGUGAAGUACUUCAAGCCUGGAGAUGAGGUCUGGGCUGCAGUUCCUCCUUGGAAACAAGGCACCCUCUCAGAAUUUGUUGUAGUCAGUGGGAAUGAGGUUUCUUUCAAGCCCAAAUCCCUCACCCAUACUCAAGCUGCCUCUCUGCCAUACGUGGCCCUCACAGCCUGGUCUGCCAUAAACAAGGUCGGUGGCCUGAAUGACAAGAAUUGCAUAGGAAAACGUGUUUUAAUCUUGGGUGCUUCGGGUGGAGUUGGUACUUUCGCAAUACAGAUAAUGAAGGCUUGGGGUGCUCAUGUGACAGCAGUUUGCUCUCAAGACGCCAGUGAGCUUGUAAAAAAACUUGGGGCAGAUGAUGUCGUUGAUUACAAGUCUGGAAGUGUGGAAGAGCAGUUGAAAUCCUUAAGACCGUUUGAUUUUAUCCUUGAUAAUGUUGGUGGAUCCACCGAAAAAUGGGCUCUAAAUUUUCUCAAGAAAUGGUCAGGAGCCACCUAUGUGACUUUGGUGACUCCUUUCCUCCUGAACAUGGACCGACUGGGCAUAGCAGAUGGCAUGUUGCAGACAGGAGUCACCAUGGGUACCAAGGCAUUAAAGCAUUUCUGGCAAGGAGUCCAUUAUCGCUGGGCCUUUUUCAUGGCCAGUGGUCUAUAUCUAGAUGAAAUUUCAGAAUUGGUGGAUGCUGGAAAGAUUCAGCCAGUUAUUGAACAAACCUUCCCUUUUUCCAAAGUUCCAGAAGCCUUCCUGAAGGUGGAAAGGGGACAUGCACGGGGAAAGACUGUAAUUAAUGUCAUUUAAAUAAAUACAGUAUACAGUUUUGUGAA